AGCAUCUCGAGACAAGCAGGUUGCGCCACUGGCAGCGCUGCUCUCCUCGCGUGAAUCUGCAGCUCGCAGGGCCAGCCGCCGCACGCUAGCGGGCGCUCAAAGCGCUGGGCGCUGCCGAGGACCGCGCGCCGCCGUCGCCGGUCACCACAAAAAAGAAACAAAUCGGCAUGGCCAAUCUCGUAGCCCCGCAGCCCUUACUCAACCUCGCGGACCCGCCCGAGGACGGCAUCUCGAGCGUCGAGUUCAGCCCGACAAGCCCGGACGUGCUCCUCGCGGCGUCCUGGGACGCGACGGUCCGGCGCUACGAUUUGAACCGGGACCGGCCGCUCGUCGCCGCGGCGACGCAGCCGACGGCCUGCCUCGCGGCGACGUUCGCCGGCGACGACGCGACGGCCGUCGUCGGCUGCGUCGACGGCAGCGUGCGCGUCGCGCGCGUCGACGGCGCGCUCCAGGGGGGCCAGGCCGCGGCGCUGGGCGCCCACGACGCCGGCGUCCGCUGCCUGAAGUACGACGCGCAGCACAACGUCGUCUUCAGCGGGUCGUGGGACCGGACCGUGGGGGGCUGGGACCCGCGCGCGUCGAAUGGUCGGGUCGCGACGGCCGAGGUGCCGGGAAAGGUCUUCGCGCUGGACCUGGCCUUCGGCGCGGCGGACACGAAGCUCGUCGUCGGUACGAGUGACAGGCACGUCGUCCUCUUCGACGCGCGCAACUUGAGCACGCCGCUCCAGCACCGCGAGUCCUCCCUGAAGCACCAGACGCGCUGCCUCAAGUGCUUCCCCGACGCCACGGGCUACGCCCUCUCGAGCAUCGAGGGCAGGGUGAGCGUCGAGUACUUCGCCGACGGCGACCAAGCGCGCAAGUACGCGUUCAAGUGCCAUCGCGCGGGCAAGGUCGUCUACCCGGUCAACGCCAUCGCCUUCCACCCGCUCUUGGGGACGUUCGCGACGGGCGGGAGCGACGGCGGCGUCAGCCUCUGGGACGGCGCGCACAAGAAGCGCCUCGCGCAGCUCCAGCCCUUCCCGACGUCGGUCGCGGCGCUGGCCUUCAACACCGACGGCUCGAAGCUGGCCAUCGCCUCGUCGUACUGCUUCGAGGAGGGCGAGAAGGACCACCCGAAGGACGAGCUCUACGUGCACACGGUCCUGAACCACGAGGUCACGCCCAAGGCGUCGCAGCCGUCCGCCUAGGGUGACCCCUCCCGCCUAAGCUACUGUGAGUUA